CUUGGAUACCGGUGACGCCAGCAAACAACCGUUGGGGCAAAUGCGCCAUUUUGGCUCUAACAGUCGGAAUUUACUUUCUUUGCAAUGUAAUAUUUUUUGGGCAUGCUGCGAACAUCGCUUAAUCUUUUUGUUAAUGGUUGGGAUGAGAUCAUGUUUCACCACAUUCUGUAUUUGGUGUUUUGUUUCCAAUGAGACAAGUGUAACGUUCUGGUAGCAUUAGCCUCACCAAGCUACAUGCUAGUUAGCUGUGUCGUUCGAUUGCAUUGCCAACAACACUGGCUGAUGGUUAGCUUGCUAGCUAUAUUUAGCUGUUUUGACUUGUUAGCUCGCUAGAUAUGGGUGGGUGCUCCGCUCCAAAUUGCUCAAACUCAACAACAAUUGGGAAGCAACUGUUUCGUUUUCCAAAAGAGCCUAUACGUAAGAAGAAAUGGCUUGUAAACUGCCGGCGUAAUUUUUUACCAACUCCACAUUCCAGACUGUGUCAGGACCAUUUUGAGCUGAAUCAGUUUGAAGAAAUCGCCAGGUCGCCAGCAGGGGGAAAGAAGCUGAAACCAAAUGCCGUCCCCACUCUUUUCAAUGUGCGAGAUCCACCUUAUCCCGUAACCCCACAGAUAGUGCUACCACUCAAGCCAGAGCCAGUGGAGAGGGAUCUCAAUGUGGGGGAUCAUGGCUACGCACGACGGCAAACAACUCUGGGCAUGGAGGAAGAUGAUGCUGAUGAACUACACAAGGCAGAGGAACGUCCCUGCAUCCAUUGUCAACAUUACAGAACACUGCUGGAACAAGAAAUGCAACACACAGCCAGAUUACAGAAAGAGGUAGAGGAAAUGAAAAAGCGGAUGUUCAGACUGGAUAGAAUAGAGAGGGGCCUCCAGACAUUUCUGUAUGAAGACCAGAUCCGUGCCCUGACACUGACCAAGCGUUCCCGGAGAGCUGUGUGGUCCCACGAGACAGUGCUGAAGGCCCGUGAGGUUGGGAGAAGAUGAUGCAGGGUCUCUUUACUCUGAGGCUGUGUGCUGCUCUGCCAGGGCUCCUAUGGGCAUCGCCUCUGUUAGUAGAAGGGGACAAUGAUGCCUCCAAGAUCUGUAAGCCGGCACCGCGCUGUGAGAUCAAGGGCCAUGGGGCCCCCAUGAAGGGGCUGCUUGGAAAUUUAGUUGUUCUGGCUCUACUGAAAGCCUGCUGACACUUCUGCCUCACACAGGCCUCCAAGUAAGAGAGAAGUCUUCAGAAUCUGCCUGGCAUAAUUACUGUGGACCUAAUGUAACAUACUGUUAUUAUACCACUGUGGAAAGAUUUGGGGGGAAAUCAUAAGGAUGCGGUAAUGUAUUUUCAAACAAAUUGAUGUUUAUGAAAUGCUGCUGGUGAUCCAUUUCAGAAAGUUGUUAAGAGCUGCCUACCCAAAUAUCCAAUAUCCAAAUGAUGAUAGAAUGGGGAGGAGUAAAUAUCGGCAUCUGUAUCACGUUUGCCCUAUCUUUGUCCCGCUGAGUAGACUAGAAGGCCUGCAUGACAAGCUGCUGCGCAGCAACCUGACAGACAUGUCUUUCCUCAUUGUGAAUGAACGGGAGGUCCAGUCCUGAGCCAUGUACUGGGAACUGAAGAGGAGGGCCACCCCGGACAUCCCUGUCUACCAACAGGCCCAGCUACAGGAUGAUGUCUGGGAGGCCCUAUAUGGAAACAAGGACGACUUCCUGGUAUAUGACAGGUAAGAAGGGAAUGAAACACGGCCACUAUAUCGCUCUCCAACCAAGGUGCCGGGAUUGAGGAGCAAAAAUCCUGAUGGCUUAGGGCCGAAAUGCCUUGGUUUUUACUUCAAACAAUAAAGAAGCACAUUUAUCAACUUCCACUGUCCUCCAAGAGUUGCUGAAUAACCUCUUCACUUCAAUACGACAGGUAAGAGCCAUCACAGAGGGGUCCUUCUGUGGGACAGCCCAAGUCCAAGUACUGUCAUGUUAUUUCUCAGAAUUAUAAAUGUUCCAUGAAUAAGGAAUGGGCUUGUAUUGAUUGAAGGCAACAUGUCAGCACUAAUCUAAAGCUUACCACUGCUCUUUGACUUCAAUGGCAUGAAGUAUCUGUCAGGUUUAAAUUAGAUAUUUUCUAUCUACAGAGAUCUUUGUAAUUGAUGUGACACCUCAUUCAUGUAGCCAUGGAUCUCUCUCCUCUCGCUGACAGAUGUGGGAGACUGACAUGCCACAUAGUCUUGCCCUACAGCUUCCUCCACUACCCCUAUAUAGAUGCAGCUGUCAGAGCCACUUACCACAAGCGCAUCUAUGGCAACUGCACCAUGAGUGAAAGCACACUAUUAAAGGGAAUCGCAGACAUUUCAUUUCUGUUUGGUUCGUCAUUAGAGAACGCUACUGUCUGCUGUAGUGCCCCCAUUGGAAUAGAAUGUCUGGAACACCCCUUCCUAUAAUGGGAACUGAUUCUGAAUAAUAAUGAGAUCGCUCUGUGGCUCUCCCAGGUGAUGUCUUUUUAGCUCGUACCUAUUUUGUUAACUUUAGUGUGUUCUAUUGUUAUGCAGGAAUCCAAAUGGAGUUACUCAGCUGGGUGGAACAGCAGACAGCGAAACGAGUCUCUGAGCAGCGCAGGAAUGGCUGUUAACAAGACAGACACUACAGUGUCAGAUUGAAGUCGCUACUGUCAGCAACCCAGUUCCAGAUGUUGUCUGAGGGGGGCGGUAACAUGCCAAACAUACAUCACCAGCAGCAUCAUCAGCACCACAACCCUGGGUCAGACACAGAUAAACAGGACUCCGAUUAACAUAAUCUGUGUCGUUGCGGAGACGAGUAACAGUUAGUUAGCAUGGUGGUGGGGGCUUGUGUCAGUGACUUGACUGUCUGAUAAAUAGUUUUGUAUGAAUUCAGUUUGAUUUUGUCUGUGCCUGUCAAUUGUAUCUGAUAAAGUAAACUUGUACAGUAAACU